AAAAAAACCAUCAAAAUGGAAAGAAUUUGAAAUUUUGUCUAAAAGUACGAAUCACAUAGAAGAGGAAAAGUGAAAUACUUAAGUCUCUGAAAUCAGCAGCAAAUGAGCAGAAAUCUCAAAAGCUAACUGCCAACAGAAACAGGGACAAGCAGGUCAAGCCUUCAGAAAAUGUGGGAUAGGGUCUUGGCAGGGCUGUCCCACUCAUGUCCUGCUUCUGAUGUAUAGCCACAAAGGAGACAGGCUACACAUUUCUUAAGAGAAAAUGGACUUAUUAACUGAUGCAGCUCAGUUGAAAAUGUAAUUUUAUGCUUCUUUAAAAAACUUGUUUAUUAUGGAACUCGCUGAGCGUCGCGGACUCGGAGCUGCCGGAUCGGUCCGAGAAGGCAGAGGUGGAGGAAACACUCAAGAGACUUCAGAGCCAGAAAGGAUGCAGGGAAUCAUCGUGGUGAACACAGAAGGCAUUCCCAUCAAGAGCACCAUGGACAAUGCCACUACUACACAAUACGCCGACCUCCUGCACAACUUCAUCUUGAAGGCACGGAGCACUGUGCGUGAAACUGACCCCCAGAAUGAUCUAACCUUCCUUCGAAUUCACUCCAAGAAAAAUGAAAUUAUGGUUGCACCAGAUAAAGACUAUUUCCUGAUUGUGAUUCAGAAUCCAACUGAAUAACCGAAUAAGCCACUGUCUUGGCUUCCUGUUUCAUUCCUUAAUUUAACGUCCCCCAGAAUAAUAGUGUUAAUCCUGUCAGUGGGCACAGGGUGGUUGCCCGAGAGCCCACAUAGACCAUGCCAUUGAUCAAUCGUAGCUCUGCCCACCCCAACAAAGAGUGUCUCUGGUGACCCAGUCAGUUCUCAUUUCCAGGCUUAUGAUAAGCCCACACACAGCUUCCUUCUGACCUUCAGUUCACUUUGUCACCCUUGGAAAGCCUGUUUUUUUCUUUAACUAAAAAUAACUUCAAAAUAAAAAAACAAAACUUGUUUAUUAUGAAGCAAUUGAAAGCAUAUUCUUGGUUAAAAGUUUACUUGUACUAUAAAUGAUAGUCACAGAAACUCUGAAUGACAGAGGUUGUGUUCUGUUUCCUUGAGUGAUUACAUGAACUUAGAUUCUGAUACCAACUCCCCCCCAUCCCCCAGGGUUUCUUUGUGUAGCCCUGGCUGUCCUGGAACUCACUCUGUAGAUCAGGCUGGCCUUGAACUCAGAUUCACUUGCCUCUGCCUCCCUAUGGACCACCAUGCCUGGCUGUGUAUUCUGUGUUCUUAAUGGAGUUGGGGGUUUGAAUACGCUAGGGUGAGGCAAGAGCAAGUCCUGGAAAGGCACUGCUACUUUGUUUUGUAUGAAGUGAUCCUGUUAAAAGUUAACUUUUUCCCACAAGAGACUGCCUCAGGCCCAAGGCUGUACAAAGUCCUGUAACCCACAGGCCCCAAGAAUAACUGUUUCCUUUCUGUGUUUUUCUUCCUUCUCUCUCACAGCUUCACUAGGGAAGAAGCACCCUGGAGGCUGUGAUAGACUUUAGACAGGAGAAUGAGGGAAGGUACAAGAGGUAGCCCUCUGUGUCUUAGGACACACUUUUCCAUCUGGUGCUACCCAGUGAUUGGAACCAUGGACAACGGACUUUUCUAUCCAGAUGACUGUCUUAGAGUAACAUGUACAUACACAGGGAACAAUUUAAAUUUAAACAUUUAAAAAAAUACUUGCACCAUCAGACACUAUCAUCAAGUCCUAUUAAAGUCCAAUUCUAAAGCAGUAAUAUACUCUUCCAGUGGAGAGUUUCUGAUGAAACCUUGACAGUUAUGACUGAAGUCCAUCAGCAGUGGUUGAGAGUCCUUUUAAUUAUUGACCUUGGCAGGUAGAGGAUAGUUCCCACAGUCUGCCCAGCAGGGACAGAUUCCAAUUAGGCAACCCAGACUGGACUGGCAUAUAAAUUAAACCAGGCUAGAUGGUGAGUACCCCUUGGGUCCAGAAAGGGGUUUGGAUAGGCCCUUUGGUAAUGACAUUCUAGGUGGUUUAUGAAAAAUGUGGAAGACACAGGAUGAAAAUAAUUUCACUCUGUCAACAGGUUUAGUAAAAUAUUCUCUUACCUGAUUCCUUUAAAUCUUUUUAUUUAAUC